AUGUCUGAUUUGGUAUUUCAAUCCAAUGUCGAUACAUCUGAGAAAACAUCUGAAACCAACGAAGGAGAACCUCAGAACCCUAAAACUGUGUCUGAAACAAUUGUUCCAACCGCUGAUAACCCGAGUCAGGUGAAUUUAGAAUCUGAUGCUGAUAAGAAGGACCCUAAUCCUAAAUCUGUUGAAACUGAAAUGGAAGACAUACCUACAGAAGUUGAAACAGAAAAUGCUGAUAAAUCACCAACAAUUGCUGAGAUGGUGACUGAAAAAUCAACCCAUGUUGUUCCUGAAGAGGUUGUCAUGCCAGAUGGUGAGACAUCUUUGAAUGAAGCUGAAACUGCUGAGAAGGAAGCCACGAAGGAAACUGCUGUUGAGAAAGAUGUUGAGACAACUGUCACAACAUCUGAAUCUUCUGAUGAAGGAACUGGAACUGCUCAAGAGGAUACCUCUGAUGAUGAAGAGGACACUCAGUCUGAAGAGAGCAACAAGUCUAUGUCCACAAAUGAAAAGGAGAAUGAAGCUGACAAGACUGUAGAAGCUGAGAAAGAGAAAGCAAAAGAUGUAGUUGAUGUUGAUGACUAUGAGACCACCAAGACUGCUAAAAGAUCAACUGGUGGUAUAACAAAAAGCAAGAAGAAGGAGACCCUGAAAAGGAAGAAGGAGUCAUCUAGUGACUCAGAUUAUGAUGCUACUGAAGAUGUUGCCAACAUCUCAUCUCCCAACCCUAAAAAGGCUACAACAAAGAAAGUUCCUCAAGGUAUUGAAGAAGCUCCCUGUGACAACAUCUCUUUCCAUCGUGCUGCCUUUGCACUAAGAUGA